UGUUUUGACAGGGCAUUUUUUCAUUCCUAUGAUCGAUUUUAAACCGCCAGUGUAACGCUGGGAGCUUUUGACACUGUAAUGGAAACAACUCGCUUCAGAGGCGGCUGUUACCUUUCAGGAAAGGAUGUUCAUUGCUUCUCACCUUUAAAUCACUCAAAAGAACCGUAGUUUCGGAACAUCAAUAGUGUUUUGAAUAAAAAUUAGAUGUUUUAAACUGAUUUCUUAGACGGCAAGUAACAGCACUUAUUUUUCAAAUAUGGAGUUUUAAAAUGUGAUUUAUCUACCUGUGAAUAAGUUCUUUGAAACUAUUACGGCAAUGUCCGGAUUAUCAGGUGUUGGAGUAUUUUGGGCAUUUACGUCCAUAUUAAGUGCAAUUAUUUCGUGUGUUGGAUAUUUUAUGCCACACUGGAUAACUGGACGGAUUACGCUUCAACAUCCAGGAAAGUCCCCUCAAAUAACCCCAGUACACUUCGGCAUUUUCCGUAGGUGUAAUUACCCGUACAUUGGCGAUGACGGAACAUUGACGAUAAGUCAUGAAUGUGGACGAUACACUGCAUUUUCCGACAUUCCUAGUGUCUCUUGGCAAAUUGCGACCUUGACUGUCGGAGUUGGAUGCUGCUUGUGUUUACUAGUGUCCUUGACCGCUAUGUUCGGUGUUUGUGUCAAGGGUGUUGUCAUACCAACGGUUGCUAGGACAGCAGGGAUUAUUCAAAUGUGUUCAGGUUUUCUGAUGGGCGCGGGUGUGGGUAUCUACCCAAACGGUUGGGACAGCCCUGAAGUGAAGCAGGCUUGUGGGCACAUCUCAAAGUCUUAUAAUUUGGGAGACUGCUCACUGUCAUGGUGUUUCUACGUGACGUCAGCAGGUAUUGUGAUGACGUUAAUGUGUUCUGCUUUGUCAUUUCACGCGCCAAAGUGGAAACAGAUACCUGCUGGAUAUGCCUUGUUGCAAAACAAGUGACAAAAAGACGGAUACUGCAAAUGGCUUGAAAUAAAAUGAAAUUCGAUGUGCAAUUAAAUAUAUUCAGGGAGUUAUUAUAUACAUACUUAUUUUCUGUAUUGUAUGCUAGUCUGUCAAAACUUCACAAGACGUUGCAUACACGAGUCUUUAUUUUAAUAAAGAUGAUUUUGUCGUUUGGAACUUUACUUUUUCGAGCAUGAAUAACUCAUCAGAGAUCCUGCUACAGCAUGCUUAAAUAAGUUUCAUUUUUGAGAUGCGCCUAGUCACAAUAAUUAAUUUUGUCAAUAGUUUUGAUAAUCUUGACGUUCUGGGACACAUCUAAUAUGCAGUGUUAGUGUCAAAAAUGGAUAAUGAUUUCAAUUGUGGUUGAUAUACACUGGCGUCAGUUCUUGGCAUGUAAAUAAACGGUGCAUUUACAUUUGUGAUAGGCUGUUGGCCAUGUAAUUUUCAAACUUUACUUAUUGUACAUAUUUGCCUUACCAAAAUAGU